AUGGCCCCAAUCAAGUCAGUAGCGGUCAUUGGCGCCGGAAUCAGCGGCGUCUCGUCAGCAGCUCAUCUCCUACGCCACGGCUUCGAGGUCGUGGUGUUCGAACGCUCCAGUGUGACUGGCGGCCUUUGGCACUUCGAUCCACGGCCAGAUCGGGAUCCUGAAUAUCCAAGCACAGAGUCCCCCGAAGGGAGCCACACACCAGAUGGUGCCGCGAGCCCCAAGGACAGCCGGGAAUCUCAGGACCAAGACGAAAUCGCACUCCUGCAUGCACCACCAGGGCCUUGCUAUGAGGGACUCAUGAACAACGUCCCAACAACGAUGAUGAAGACGACUCUGCUGCAGUGGCCCGAAGGAACUCCAGACCACGUCACCCACCACGAGAUCGAGACAUACGUGCAGCGUCUCUCACAAGAGACUGGUGCCCACGACGUGACGCUGUUCGACACCCGCGUCGAAGAAGCCGUCAAGAACGCGGCAACCGGGAAGUGGGAUGUGCGCACCAAGACACUCCUGAAGAAUGACGAUGGUAAAUACUCCUUCCAGAACAAGGAUUGGACUUUCGAUGCCGUUGUCGUCGCCGCGGGCCACUACCACGUCCCGCUCAUCCCGGAAGUUCGGGGUCUGGCUGAGUGGAAGAGGAAAUACCCUGACAGGGUGAGGCACUCGAAGAGCUACCGAUACCCGAACCAUUACAAGGACCAGAACGUGCUCCUCAUCGGCGCGGGAGUCUCGUCUCUCGACAUCGCCAAGGAGCUCGACGGUCUGGCCAACAGGACCUACCAGUCCUCCCGCGGCGGCAAAUUCGACCUCGACAAGUCCUUCCUGCCUGCCAACUCGGAGCGCGUGGCGGGUCUGAAGUCAUUCAAGCUCGACGAGGGAAAGAGCAUCUCCGAUGGAUCGGAGACACCUGGCGCACCGAUCCCAGGGACAGUGCAUCUGGCUGAUGGACGGGUUCUCCAAGAUAUCCACCAUGUUAUCAUUGCCUCGGGCUACCAGACUACAUAUCCCUUUCUCACCGGGCUCGAAUCUGAGAGUAUAGCUGCCGACGACGCGGAUGAGAGUAUCAUCAUCACAGCAGACAAGUGUUCCUCUUUCCGGAUUUCCAUGCUGACUCCAUUCAUCCCCAAGUUCUACAUGCCUGACCCGACCCUGACGUUCGUUGGUGUGCCAUACUACACCUCCACAUUCUCCAUGUUCGAGUUCCAGGCUGAGGUGGUGGCCCGCGUGUACGCGGGCCUCGCCAAGCUGCCGUCAGACGAGGCUAUGCGAGCCGAGUACGCCGCCCGUAAAGCUAAGGGGGACAAGGGCAAGGCGUUCCACAGCCUGAUCCAGAAUCAAGUUCCGUACAUGGAAGAGAUUCUGGCUUGGGUGAACGAGGGGGUUGAUGAGAUGGGUGUUGAGCCUAUGAAGGGUGUGGAUGAGGCGUGGUAUAAAGGAUUUGAGGAGUUCAAGGAGAAGUCGAGACGCUUGAUUCCCGUUGACUCUAAUCAGAUACAGCAGCCUAUCGCUAUCGACGAGCUGGAUGAGGAGCAGCUGGUCACAAUACCUGGAGAUACCUGA